ACCUGCUUCAUCUGCUCUCCUCCGACUCUACAUCCUGUCUGAGAGCGAGAGGCAGAGGAAGAGUAACAACUUCACAGCCUCGGGGAACCCUUUUUAAGCUACUUUAACGCUACUUUUUAUACAUUUAUUACACUUUUUUUAAUCCCGUCGUUGCCUCCACUCCUCCCCACGGACAGAUGAUACUUCGUUGAGAGUAGAAACGGAGCCUCAGGAGACACUGAAGCGUUUGACCACAAGGACAACAGUGCCAGGAGACAAAGUCCUCUCAAGUCCUCUCAAUGAAAAUGAAAUAAUCAAAUACGAUUAAACGACGAUUUUAAUCUGGAUUCCGUGAUGUACAUGUGAACGUUUCCCGGAUCCGAAUUGCCGUCGUUCGGACGACGGGAGACGUUUGAUGGAUUUUUUAUGUGGAACCCGCUAGGAUGGACGUGGUCGAUGAAACAGAAGCGUUACAGAGAUUUUUUGAAGGUCAUGAUAUUACCAGUUCUCUGGAGCCAACCAACAUCGACACCAGUAUCCUGGAAGACUACAUCAGCAAGGAGGACGAUAGCACUGACAUCUGUUUCUCAGAGGUCCACAGCACCCCUGGACAAAAUUACUCAUCUCCCCAGGCAGGAGUGUCCUCCUCUGGGGGGUUGGUGUGUGGUGUGAGCCCCCCUAUUCCAUUACGUCAAGGAGCCCUCCCGCCUGGGCCCCCUAACUGUCAGAACACCUACCCCCCAGGUCCAUCCCUGGGCCUCCGACACAACUACCCCUGCCUGGGACAGCAGCAGCAACAGCAGCAGCAGCAGCAGCAGCAGCAGCAGCAGCAGCAGCAGCAGCAGCAGCAGCAGCAGCAGCAGCAGCAGCAGCAGCAGCAGCAGCAGGCACACGUCAAGCCUGAGCACAGGGGCCACUACGCUCCAGGGACACUACCGGAGUCUCCCCCAGACUCCAGCUCAGAGCCGUACUCUCCACAGCAGGUGAAUGAUCAUCACAUGAUCAGGACCAUGACGCCAGAGAACAUGUGUCACAUGACUCCGACGCCACCCCUCCACUAUUCCACCAUGCAUCGGGACAUGUACCUCAAGCCUGAGCCCAUGAUAUCACAGUAUACUGUCGGUCCUGCCACAAGUGCAAGUGGAGACAUGCAGCAGACGCAAAUGCUCCAUCAGCUGCUGCAGCAUCCUCAGGGGCAGGAAGGCAUCCCUGUUCACCAGGCCAAGAAGAGGAAGCACUCAGACUCUCCUAACAGCACCCUCAAUUCACAAAUCAUCACAGGUAUCAUCAAACAAGAACCAGGUAGGCAGGCAUCUUUCUUCUGUUCCUCAUCUCCUCUACUCCACGCCCACCUGCUCUUACCUACCCCUCUAACUCUCACACAGAUAAAGACUUUUGCAGAGCAGGUGUACACAUUUUUAACUUUCGUUGGCCUCUUUUUAAUUGCUGCUCUUUCAAACGUGUCUGUCACAGGUAUAAUGCAGGAUGCCGACAACUCCUACUUGGACCCAAACUAUCAGUGCAUUAAGUGGCAACCUCACCAGCAGAACAAGUGGACACCACUUUAUGACGCAAACUGCAAAGAACUGCCGAUGCCAACCUAUCGCGUCGAUGCCGACAAAGGCUUCAACUUCUCCUUGUCUGAUGAUGCUUUCGUUUGCCAGAAGAAGAACCAUUUCCAGGUCACAGUCUACGUAGGCAUGCUGGGCGAUCCGAAGUACAUCAAGACAAGUGAAGGCCUGCAGCCAAUCGAUUGUUUCUAUCUCAAACUCCAUGGAGUAAAGGUGGAGGCCAUGAAUCAGUCCAUCAGCGUGGAGCAGUCACAGUCUGACCGCAGCAAGAGACCCUUCAAGCCAGUGCUCAUCACCUUGCCCUCAGAGCAGGUCACAAAAGUCACAGUGGGGCGGCUCCACUUCAGUGAGACCACAGCCAAUAACAUGAGGAAGAAGGGCAAACCAAACCCAGACCAGAGGUAUUUUAUGCUGGUGGUGGCGCUGCACGCUCAGUCCCACAGUCAGACCUACACUGUGGCUGCUCAUGUGUCUGAGAGGAUCAUCGUCAGGGUAACGUCUGGCCAUGCGUCCAACCCAGGCCAGUUUGAAAGUGACAAUGAGGUGUUGUGGCAGCGUGGCCAACUACCAGACUCCGUCUACCACCACGGGAGAGUGGGCAUUAACACCGACCGGCCGGAUGAGGCCCUUGUCGUCAAUGGCAACGUGAAGAUCAUGGGUUCCCUGGUACACCCAUCGGAUAUCAGGGCCAAAGAAAAUGUCCAGGAGGUCGACACUACAGACAAUUUGAAACGGAUUUCUCAGAUGAGGCUGGUCCAUUAUCAGUACAAGCCAGAGUUUGCUGCCACUGUGGGCAUAGAGAACACUGCAGACACCGGAGUGAUUGCUCAGGAAGUCCAGCAGAUCCUUCCUGAGGCAGUGAAGGAGGGGGGUGAUGUUGUGUGUGCCAAUGGAGAAACUAUUCCCAAUCUUUUGGUUGUCAAUAAAGAACGUAUCUUCAUGGAGAACGUGGGGGCAGUAAAAGAACUAUGUAAGCUAACAGACAACCUGGAAACCCGUAUUGAUGAACUGGAGCGCUGGAGUCGGAAACUGGCCAAGCUGCGUCGUCUCGACAGUAUGAAGAGCACUGUGAGCGGAAGCACUGUCAGCCAAUCAGGGAGCUAUUUUAGCAGGACAGGAAGUGGCCCACUCAAGAAGAAAACUGUCAAACCUGGGAGCAAGAACUCACCUCCAGAUCAAGGCUGCCUCAGUCAGAGGUUCAUGCAGGGCGCCAUCCUGGCACUUGUCAUUGUCAUGGCCUUCAGUGUCAUUUCCAUGUCUAUUCUUUAUGUGCUGACUCUCCACCACAGAGGAGACGUCACAGAUGACUAUGUCCCUUCCUGUGUUCUCUACAUCACUUGGAUGCCCAUCUUCACUGCUUCUGUAUCUUUCUGUCCACCUGUGUGCCCAUGGUCCAAAGCUGCUCUGGGAUCUUCACGCAAGAGUCCAUAUAUUCCACUGUCCACCACCCCUGCACCUGCGUGCUGUUCAACUACAACCUUAAACAACCAAUCAACUACAGGUGUGACACCGAGCAGAAACCAAUCCACCACAGAUAUAGGAAGCCUUGUUCCAACACCUGGCAUUACCAAUAAGAAGGCCAAGUCUAGAAUGAUGGACAAGGAUGGCCACAGCAGAAACCGUCUGAGUCACACCUCAGCUCCUUUGUACUUUGCCAAGUCCAAAAAGCCAGCCCCUACAGACCAGGACGGCGCAGGUGCUACCAACCGUCUGCCCCGGGGUCAGACAGUGCCACGUAGACAACGCAGCCUGCACAUGAAGGGAGAAAGGUCAGCCCCCUCCCUGACUAGUCUACAUAUUGUGGAAACAAACCAAGAGAUUACAGCACAGAGUUGCGCAACACCCAUGAGCUGCAGCUACACAAUAUCACUCCAUGGAAAAAGAAAUUCCUCCAUCUCACAAAUAACUUUAUACAUGAUGUCCACAAACAUUGUGUGGGUACAACAAUGUGGUGCCACGAAGGGACGCUUAUGCCCCAACCACACGGAGGCAGAGCUCUAUGGUGGUCAGAGAACGUCAACAAAGGGGACUCGACACCUGUGGUCAGUGCCUGCGCUCUCUUCCCAGGACGUAACCUAUCACUUUCGUGUCUCCCUGUCUGGUGAAGUGCGUUGUACCACUGAUGCAGAAAACUCAUCGUUCUCAGACUACCAUUUUCUCGUUGAAAGCAGCUGUGUGUGAGGAAGAGGAUGAUGUGUUCAAGUGUCUUUAGAUGAGCCACAUUUCUCCUACCAUUUACUGCACAUUCAGUCAUGUUGCAAAAGUGUUUUUUGAGUUUGACUUAUUCUUGUAUAUUAUAUUUAAAGAGAUUCAUUAUGGAACCAACUAUAUACCACUGUCCCCACCAUAAUCCCCUCCAUAUGUAGGUGCACUGAGGCAUUAAGACUGGAUUUUCAAACACUGUUGACAUUACUUUUUAUUUCUGUCUGUUUAGAUAAUUGUAACUUUUUUUGUGUGUCAGAGUUCACUGCUUUACUGAAAGCAACACCUAUGAGUUUGUAGCUCAGGUCAUUACUGAUCACUGUGCCUUCUAUACUUAAUAUAAGCCAUAUUUCUUUUCAGCAGAUAAUGUAGAGGUGACACGGCAUCUGUUUUUGUUUAGUUUUAUAGAAGAUUUUGUAUGUACACUGAAACCAGUCUUAACUGACAACAAAAACAAGUUUUUAAUAAUUCUAUACACUGGAGAGCAGACGUUUGGUGUCUGCUGAAGGCCUCAGUAAAUGGUUGCAACUCCCUGAAAGUAUACCUCACUAGUGUACACUGGCAAUCCCUGGGUCUCUACAGUGGGUCAUUGUGUUUGAGACUGCUCCAGUCAACUACACUGUCUACUGUCUCCUUGUGCUGCAUCUGACUAAACACUGUACAGAGAGGAAAAUACUGUGUCGUAUAUCCAUCUCAACUGUGGCGCAGAAUGAGACGUCAGAUUGUUGUGUUUAUAACAGUUUAUGCAAAUGACUCCAACUAAAAAGACAUUCUCAUGAACAUUUCUUAUAUGAAGGAGUCCAUUUUAAAAAAAACAUUCACUGGACCGCAUGCGAUACGACUGGAUAAGUAAACAAGUCACUGGAAAUGUUGAAACACUGACAGUUCUUUGCAUCUGAUAAUGAAACUGCAACAAGUCCAACACUGACAAUAUUUCAAAAAACACUGGGAUAGCUUAUGUUGCAUUUGCUUACUGGACAGAAUGCUGGUAUGGCAGUAGAUUAGGUUAUUUCUAGUGCAUGCCCAAUCAUUUAAAAUUAUACAUCUUAGCUUAGAGGCAGUUCAAUGUAAUUGCAUUUUAAGUACGCACACUGCAGAGAUAAAAUUGGGUAUGAUUCACUGGGUAUAAUUUUGUGUAUUUCUCUGUAUGUUCUGAAUACGUUUCCUGUGCCUAUACAAUUAAGAAUAUGCAGUGAGUGAUAAUUGUCGAUAUACCUGAAAAUUGUAAAUUGUUUUUGUUUCUGUUAUUGUGUCUUGUUUUGAAAGCAUUCCUGACAUACUCUAACCAACUUCCUUUUGUCAAAAUGAAAUAUAUUCCAUGUGUCUCUAUCCAGCAGGAAAAACACAAUUAUGUGUCUCAAAUAUCACUGGGACAGACAGCAACAACUAUCAGACAAAAUGUAUGCAGUGCAGUGUUCAUGUGCUGAACACAUUGUUUGGUAUAAUUAUUAUGACUUAACCUGGGUGAAGUACUGUUUUUUGCUUAUUUAUACUGCACCAGCUAGCAUAAUGAAACCACUGUAGCACUUUUUGCCCUGUAUAUACAGUAUGAACUGCAUUCACUCUAUCCAUUUAGUUCACCCAUUGGUUUCGUAAAUUCCAGUAGAACUGCUUUACAUGUAACUGUAUAGCUUCAUUUUGUUACUACCACUGCUCAUUUUAUGUGAUGUAUUUUGUGAAAAAAUGUUUUUAUGGUUGGUAUUUUGGCUGCUGUAAUAUCAAUGGUGUAUUAACUUUUAGCUGUUGGAAUUAUGAACACACACACACACUGCAACAAUGCAUUUCUAAUUUUAGCACUGUUUGUUAUAAGAACACGUCAUAAAACUAAAACUUGUUGCCUAUUUUAACAUCACUACCUUUUUUUAGUCAAUUGUAUCAUUCAAUUUUGAAAAACAUAUCAUCCAAAAAUAAACUGUUAAUACUA